UCUUGGGUUGGAAGACUUUCUCUCUGUGGGUGACACUUCUGGAACAGAGGAGAAUACAGACUCAGCUAUCUUAUAUGGAACUUUGCGAGGAAGUGUUGUUGGAUUACGAUACUACACAGGGAUUGUUAAUAACAAUGAAAUGGUUGCACUUCAGAGGGAGCCUAAUAAUCCUUAUGAUAAAAAUGCAGUGAAAGUAAAUAACGUGAAUGGAGACCAGGUAGGCCAUAUAAAAAAAGAACUAGCAGCAGCAUUGGCAGGCAUUAUGGACAACAAACUAGCAAUAGUUGAAGGGGUUGUCCCUUAUGGAGCAAAAAAUGCCUUUACCAUGCCUGUACAAAUGAGCUUUUGGGGAAGAGAAGAAAACAAGGAAACAGUGCUAGAUCAGCUAAAAAGGCAUGGUUUUAAAUUGGCUCCUCCUCUGAAAGGUUCAGAAUGUGGUUUUGGAUCAAAGUGGAUUUCUGGGAGAGCUGGUCCAAGUUAUAGCGCUCCAGUUCAUGCUGCUGUGCAGUUGACAACUGAGCAGCUUAAAAGUGAAUUUGACAAAUUGUUUGAGGAUCUGAAGGAAGAUGAUAAAACUUGUGAAAUGGAAGGAGCAGAGGCUGUUGGCACAGUCUUGCUUCCCCAUCAGAAGCAGGCUUUAGCUUGGAUGGUUUCACGUGAGAACAGUAAUGAUUUGCCACCAUUCUGGGAAGAGAGAAGUAACUUCUAUUACAAUAUACUUACAAAUUUUGCAGAAAAGCAGCGACCUAAAAACGUUCUUGGAGGAAUACUGGCUGAUGAUAUGGGACUGGGUAAAACGCUUACUACUAUUGCAUUGAUUCUCACAAAUUUUCAAGAUGGCAAGCCUCUCCCUGUUGAAAAGGUCACAAGUGAGAAGUUUUAUGAGGAAUCUGGUACUGACAGCAUGAACAACGUUGGAUGCAGACCGUGUAAAGACUCUAGCAGUGUGGUGGAACCUGGUGUUUCUAACGUAAAGAAGUUUGAAACUAGUCCUAUGAAACACUCAAGUUGUCUUCCAAAAAGAGAUAAAGCAAAGAAACCCAGAUAUUCAGGAAGCAGUGACUUGGGAGAGUCUGAAGAAUGGCUACUGCAACAAGCGGAAAGUACUGUGAGCACUCAGUCAGUUGAGAAGAAAUAUUCUGGUUAUAGCCCCAGAGCAACACUGAUUGUAUGUCCACUGUCUGUCCUAAGCAACUGGAUAGACCAGUUUGAACAACAUAUCCACCAAGAUUUUCAUGUAAAUAUUUAUGUUUAUUAUGGUUCUGACCGUAGCAAAGACCCAUCGUUUCUUUCAGAACAAGACAUCGUACUGACAACAUACAACAUCUUAGCUACUGAUUACGGAAUCAGAGGUGACAGCCCUUUACACAAAGUCAAGUGGCUGAGAAUUGUGUUGGAUGAGGGGCACACUAUACGAAAUCCAAAUGCUCAGCAAACUAAAGCUGCCUUAAAUCUGGAGGGACACAGAAGAUGGGUACUUACAGGCACUCCUAUUCAGAAUUCCGUAAAGGAUUUGUGGUCUCUUAUUUCCUUCUUAAAACUGAAACCUUUUACUGAUCUAGAGUGGUGGCACAGAACAAUUCAACGUCCAGUCACAAUGGGAGCUCCAGGAGGACUUGGGCGUUUACAGUCUCUGAUUAGGAGUAUUACCCUUAGAAGAACUAAAACAAGUAAAGUUAAAGGAAAACCCAUUUUGGAGUUACCAGAACGUAAAGUACUUAUUCAGCAUGUUACGCUUACAAAGGGAGAGAGACAAAUCUAUCAGUCUGUGAAGGAGGAGGGCAAAGUUGCUAUUAGCAGAUUUUUCAGUGAAGGGACUGUACUAGCUCACUAUGCUGACAUCCUUGGUGUCCUGCUCAGAUUAAGGCAGCUUUGUUGUCAUCCUCAUCUUUGUAUAAAUACAUCUUCUUCUAGUUUUUCAGCUGAUAAUAAAACUCCUGAGGAACUGCAUGAGACAUUAGUGAGUAAAAUGAAGUUGGUUCUGAGCUCUGGUUCAGAUGAAGAGUGUGCAGUUUGCUUAGAAUCACUGACUGUUCCUGUGAUAACACGCUGUGCACAUGUGUUUUGUAAGCCAUGUAUUUUUGAAGUCAUCAGAAGUGAACAGCCAAAUGCCAAAUGCCCUCUCUGUAGGAAGGAGCUUCGAGUAGAGCACUUGGUGGAAUGUCCCCUGGAAGAGGAAAUAGAUUCUAGUAAUGGAAAGAAGUCUGAACAGGAAUGGAUAUCCAGUUCAAAGAUAAACGCUCUCAUGCAUGCUUUGAUAGAACUACGGAGGGAUAAUCCAACUGCUAAAUGUCUGGUUGUUUCUCAGUUCACAACUUUCCUGUCACUGAUAGAAAAUCCCUUGAAAGAAUCGGGGUUUGCCUUUACUCGCUUGGACGGGUCAAUGGCACAGAAGAAAAGAGUAGAAGCAAUUCAGUGUUUCCAAAGUGGCCAAGCAGGAUCCCCAACUGUAAUGCUUUUGUCUCUGAAAGCAGGUGGAGUUGGAUUAAAUCUGACAGCAGCUUCCCGAGUGUUUUUAAUGGAUCCUGCUUGGAAUCCCGCUGCCGAAGACCAGUGUUUUGACAGGUGUCACAGGCUGGGUCAGAAGCAUAAUGUUGUUAUUACUAAGUUCAUUGUGAAGGAUUCAGUGGAAGAAAAUAUGCUGAAAAUUCAGAAGAAGAAGAGGGAACUUGCAUCAGGAGCCUUUGCCACCAAAAAGCCUUCAGCAAGUGAAGUGAAACAAACCAAAAUUAAUGAAAUUAAGGCUCUAAUUGAUUUAUAG